GGUUGUCGGAGGUGAAAGGAGGAAAGCUUUGGAGCUAAGGCGGCUGCACAGUCAGAGUCUUAGUGGAACCCGGGUGAACGUGCAAACUAUCGUCGGAUCAUGUUUGAAGAUAUUCUUCGAAGCCCUACUUCAGCGCUACUGUUUGGGCUCAUUGUCACCGUACUGGUCCUCGGUUUUCUUUACUCCAGCUUCAGUUUACGAGGAAGGAGGGAGCCCCCCGGACCCAGACCGGUUCCUCUGUUUGGUAAUCUGUUUCAGGUGGAUCUGAGGAGGCUGGACCAAAGUCUUUGUAAUCUGUCUAAGAAAUAUGGGCCAGUUUUCCAAGUAUUCUUUGGACCAAAGAAGGUGGUGGUUUUGGCAGGGUACAGGACGGUCAAACAGGCUCUGGUGAACCAUGCAGAUGAAUUUGGAAACAGAGAAAUCACUCCAAUUUUUUAUGAUUUCAACAAGGGACAUGGUAUUCUUUUUUCUAACGGAGAACUGUGGAAGGAAAUGAGGCGCUUUGCCCUGUCAACACUGAGGGAUUUUGGAAUGGGAAGGAAAAUGAGUGAAGAAAAAAUUAUUGAGGAAUGUCAUUACCUUAUCGCAGAAUUUGAACAAUUUGAAGGUAAACCCUUCAGCAACAACAAGGCCAUAAAUUAUGCUGCUUCAAAUGUCAUAUCAGCGUUAAUGUUUGGAGAGAGAUUUGACUACAGUGACAAAGUCUUCCAAGCAAUGGUGGAAAGAGACAACGAGUCAAUUCAUCUCACAGGGUCAACGUCCCUCCUGCUAUACAACCUAUGUCCCUGGCUUGGUCCUUUCCUUAAACACUGGAGGGAUUUGAUGAAGAAUGUGGAAGAUGGAAAGAGGGAUGUGAGAACGAUGAUAAAGAACCUGAAGGAGACCCUGGACCCUGGGAUGUGCAGAUGCUUUGUGGAUGCCUUUCUGAUCCGCAAGAAACAUCUGGAGGAUUCCGAACUCUUGAAUUUACACUACCACGAUGACAACCUGCUCUAUAGUGUCAUGAAUCUGUUUGCGGCUGGGACUGACACCACUGCCACCACUCUGAAGUGGUGUCUCCUCUACAUGGCCAAAUUCCCUCAUGUUCAAGAACGGGUUCUGGAGGAGCUGAGCACGGUGGUUGGAAGCCGGCAGGUUCGAACAGAGGACAGGAAGAACUUGCCGUACACCGAUGCAGUCAUCCAUGAGUCCCAGAGACUUGCCAACAUCGUUCCCAUGGCCCUUCCUCAUGCAAUAGGAAAAGAUGUCACCUUUCAGGGCUACUUUAUCAAAGAAGGUACAACUGUAAUUCCUCUUCUUACAUCUGUCCUGUAUGAUGACACUGAAUGGGAGAAUCCUCACAGUUUCAGCCCUUCUCAUUUCCUCGAUAGUGAGGGGAAGUUUGUCAGGAGAGAAGCCUUCAUGCCUUUUUCUGCAGGUCGCAGGGCAUGCCUUGGAGAGAGUCUGGCCCGAACGGAGCUCUUCCUCUUCUUCACCUCCCUCCUUCAGCAUUUUCGUUUCACCCCACCUCCUGGAGUUUCGGAGGAUCAGCUGGAUUUAACGCCAGUUGUGGGAGUCACUCUUGCUCCUACACCUCAAAAGCUGUGCGCUGUCCGUCGCCACUGAGGAGUCGAGCUGGGGUUGCUGGAUUUUUUCUUCCUAUUCUUGCACAAGUGCAGGAUUAUGGUAGAAUUAGAAGAAUUUGUAGCUGUUGAAUGUUAUGACCCUAAUGAAGGCAACAAGCCAAAACGCUAUGGUCAGCAAAUAAAGGUAUUUCCCAGUA